UCAAGCUCGCACCUUGGCGCUCGUGAGCACGUAAUGCGGGUGUGUCUCACGACCCUUAAACUCCGGUGGACCGAGAUUCACAGCCGCAGCUUUUUUUUAUUGAACUCCGCUGUCUCUCAGCGUCGUAGCGUAAUGAAGCUCGCGUUAUCGGUGAUUUUAUCCAUAUUCGUCUUCGACGGUGUGUUCGGUGUUGAUCCAGAUGAAGUGAAGACAGUGAUAGAGGGAGAUUCUGUCGCCCUACAGACUGAUUUCACUGAAAUGCAGAAAGACGGUAUAACAGAGUGGACAUUUAGUAACGCUAACAUCGCAUCAAUCAAUAAAGGAACUGGUAAAGUCGAAUACAGCGAUGAUAAGUUGGUAGUGAUCUUUAGCGGCAGACUUACUCUGGAUCAAACCGGGUUUCUCACCAUCUGGAAUAUCAGAAUCAAACACUCUGGUGAAUAUAAAGUGGAGAGCAUCAGCACUGCAGGCACUAAAUCCAAGACGUUCAAAGUUAUUGUAAAAGAAUCUCCACUCAAGUCUGUUGAAGAUAAAGAUGAAAUAAAGGUGUUGUCAGCCACGAAGGGAAAUUCUGAGACUCUACACACUGAAACCGAAUUACAGGAACAUGAUCUAAUACUCUGGAGAUUCAGAGCUGAAGGGUAUCUCAUUGCUAAAGGAGAUACAGAAGACAAUCACACAUCGUACUAUAAUAGUGCUGAUGGGAGAUUCAGAGACAGACUGAAGCUGGACAGUAAGACGGGAUCUCUGACCAUCACAGACCUCGAUACUGAGCAUACUGGAGAAUUUAGACUGAAGAUCAUCAGCGACAGAAGGGUCAUAUUCAAAAGAUUCACCGUUACUGUCUCUGUGCUAGGUCUGUCUCCGGGUGUUAUAGCAGGGAUAUGUGUUGGUGUUCUGCUGUUGGUCGCUGCUGUAGCUGUAGUUGCUGUCGUUAUGAUUUAUUGUCAACGUGGUCGCUACAAAUUAAAAUAUCUAAUGUCGAAGGUCUCCAAACAACUGGAGCAGAUGACGAAGAUGACUGAAAAACUAGAGCGAAUGACCAAGACCAACGAAAAAGACCUAGCGAAGAUCUCUGAACAGCUAAAUCAGAUGGAUGAAGCGAAUGUGAGAGAAAAUGUAAAAAACGAGCUCUAUGGAAAACUAAAACAAAUGUCGGAGGGCUAUGAAAAAGCAUUACCCGAGAUCUUUAAACAGCUAGAGCGACUGCGUGAACAGAGAAUCCCAGAGCAACUGUUUGAGCUUUCUGAACAAGUAAACCAAAUGAGUGGAACGGAGACGUCUCAACAGGAAACAUGUGCUGAUGUCCCACAAGAAGAGACACCGAGACCAGAGGUCAGAGGUGAAAGGGAACGGCGGAUUUUUGUGGAAGAGACUCCUAUAAGUAAAGCGCUUGGUGCUGGAAAGAUACUGAGAGACAGUCAGGGCAGGAAGAGCAUCGCCAUCAGAGCUGAAGAUGAUGAAGAUCAUGCCCGUGGAGCAGAUGGAGAAUAUCCUGGAAAUGAACUGAAAGAGCUGAAAGAAGGUUUGACAGAUGUAAAGAUAUCUGAACAAGAGUCAUGUGCUGAUGUCCCACAAGAAGAGACACCAAGAUCAGAGACCGGAGAAGGUGAAAGGGAACGGAUCAUUUACGUUGAAGAGACUCCCAUAAGUAAAGUGCUAGGUGCUGAUAAGAGAUUGAAAGACAGACAGGGCAAAAAGAGCAUUGUUAUUCGUAAAAACAAUACUGAAGACCCUGCAGUUCAAACACACGAAGCAACAGAAAAAGCAGCAAAUGAAGAAACACCUUUAAUGAACCAAAAGGAGGAGGACGGACCAAAAGAGUAAAAAGUUGGGUUUAAUGAGAUAAGACACGCCCACCAGUGUCAAUCACUGUGACAUCAUCAACAUUACAGCUCUUGAAUUCAUCCGGUCAAAGUGAGAAAUGAACCCCGUGUUUCUUGUGUUAAAAGGUUUCAGAUGAAACGGUGUCAUAAGUAACUGUAUUAAUGUUACACUACACUCCUGUUCUCCAAAGACGUGUUUUACCACAGAAGUAUAUCUCACAACCUUUGUUUUGAGAAAAACCUGCUGCACAUGGUUAGGCACCGAUAUACUUCUGAAACGAACUGAAAAUACGUAAUUUCGAACAGAAUCAGGCCAAAAUAAGUUCGUAAUGGCAGUUCGAAUUGACACAUGGUUCGAUUCCCGUUCAGCAACAUCUCGCCGCCUCCAGCAGCGCUCUGAAACAGUACACCGUUGCUCAGCCUUUUCGAACAUCGUUUUGCCCUUGAACGAAGAACAGAAAAAAAAAUUAGCUUGAAGUAUAUCGGGCUUUAAUGUUCUCAUUCAGCUUGUCGGUGAUCUACGGCUCUGUGCAUUAACUGCUCCAUUUGAAAAUAAGUUGAUGGAGAUUUACCGCUAAACAAAGAACCGGCUUUACUGACAAAAUGCGCAUGAAUAUAUCGUGCAAUAUAUUUUCCAUCUCUAUACAGUAAUAUACUAUUUUUUUAUGUAUUACAUAACAAAGCUUAAACAUAGAAAGUCUAUUUAUCCAUCCUUAAAUCAAAUUAUAAAUGAAUUUAGAGAGCAUUACACCCAGAGACAUUUGUUUCUCUCUAUUCAUCAGAAAGUAAUGGCUGCCAGCUGACUCCAGUUAUUGGUUGUCUUCUGUGAUUGGAAGAUUUUAUGCCUCGGGUUUUUUCCUCAGUGUUAUUGUGUUUACUUUAACAAUCACAGUACAUACUGUGUUUAUGACAACUACUGCUUUUCUGGUUUACAAGCUACUAUUUGUGUAUUGUUCUUGAUUUAGUCUAAAUUGUUCAUUCUUUGGGAAUGAGUCAGGAGUUUGGGAAUGUAUUUGUCUUUUCUUUUAAUAGGUUAUAUAGUUUUUAUGCAGGUUGUAUGGUUUUUAUACAGGUUUUAUACAGGUUACAUGGGUUAUGUUUGUCAUUUUGGCCUCUUAAAACCUCACACAUGCAUAAAUUAAACUUUUUUUUUAUAUAUA